AACUCAACUCCAACUAUCAUUAAAUUAUCAUCUUUGUUAUUGGUUUGAGGGUUUAGUUUCUUUUUUAACGAUUAUUUCAAGUAAUUUGUGAUAACGUUAUUUCCGUGUUGUUUAAUGUGGAAGAAAAUCCCCUUUUUGUUAUUUUAUUGUUUACAAUAGUUGAAUUUUCUUUUAUGUUUUAAUUCUACAUAUAAUAUGGCUGAAGGUGUAGAAUAUGAAAUACCUAACCUUGGUAUGAAAUAUUUUUGUCAUCAGUGUUCCAAAGAAGUGUCACCCUAUCAAUCGACUGAAUUAAUAUGUCCUGAUUGCUCAUCUGGAUUUUUAGAGGAAGUUUCACAAGAAUUUUUGGAAUUAGAAAUUCCUGAAAGUUACGAGUUUGACUCUUAUUUUGGUGAUGAGGACACUAUUGUAGAAGAUCUUUUAACUCACCGAAGACUGCUGAGCCAGUUCUUUGAUGACAGGGAGGAAGAAAGCUCUCCUAAUUCUGAACUAGAUGCAUCAGGACUAGCAACUCCAGAAGAAGAACGAGAUUAUAGCAGAUUAAACACCAUUUUGCCUGUUAAUGCUGACUAUAUUAGUGAAGGUGAAGCACAGUUGCUGAGAAUGAGGUUCUUUGAUGAUUUCAGUUCCGAUUCAGAAGUAGAUGCACUUGCUUCUCAAUUGUUAGAUGAAGUAGAUAUAAGUGGCCCUCCCCCCUUAAUGAAAGAUCAGAUUAAAGCAUUGCCUGUUGUUAUUUUAACUGAAGCCCAUGUUGGUAGUGAACUUCAAUGUACAGUUUGCAUGAAUGAUUAUAAAAUAGGAGAGAAAGCAAAACAACUUACCUGUGAACACCUGUUUCAUGAGAAAUGUAUUGCUCCAUGGCUAGAAAGACAAGCUUCUUGUCCGAAUUGUCGCAGAACAAUUAAAGUUGAAGGCAAGAGUAAACGUUCUUUAAGUUGUCCAAGGACAUUAAAUAUAAGGCCCAGAAGUUCCAAUUCAAGUAACAGAAGGUUCUCAGAAGUUUCCUCUCUAGGUGAUUUCUUCACUGCCAGUAUGAAUAUGAAUCCUUUCCGGUUUUUGUAAAUAAAUUAUUAUUUCAAAUAUUUUUUAUUCAGUUGAUGUAAAAGUACCUUCAGUUGAAGGAACUAUUGAAGCCAAGCAGAAUUUAUUUUGCUAUUAGUAUCUUUUAAAGGAUUAAUUUGUUUUAGGGUUUUCUGGUACAGAAGUUCUUUUUUCUUGGUUUGUUGCAGAAUAUAAUGCAAAAGGAAAGUGUAUUUAUUACUUUUAAUACUUAAUACUUUUGAUAAUUUUUAAAUUGUUCAUAAAUUUAGAAAAAAAAUGUUUAAGAAAGGUGCCUAUCAACAAAAGCUCAAUUAUGUUUUUUAUAUAUGUAUUUACAUGAUUAUUUCCCUUUUCAUGUAUAUAAAUUAAUAAGCAUAUGUUCUUCAUGGUGUUAAAUUAUGACCUACUUACAAGAAUUUGUUCAUGUGUGAAAAUAAUCUGCAAUCAAGUCAAACUUUAAAAUUAAAAAUGUGUAAAUACCAUAUUAAUGCUCAUAAUUCGUGUUUUUGUGCAUUUUGCUAUCUCCAACAAACUCAAAUAGAAUAAAUUCAGUGCUUUCAUUAUUUCAUCUCACAUAUAUCUACUAAUUCAAAUAAACUCUCUGUCGUAAUUUUAAAAAAAAUAUAUAACUCUAAGAGUUCUUAUGCAAUAAAGCAUUACAUAGAAACAAUAAUUUAUAAAGCUUUUUGUUGCUACAUAUUACCAUGUAUGCUUUUUUGAUUGAAUAUGCUUUAAAUAAAAGUUAAAAAAAAAAAAAAAGAAUGAAAAAUAAAACUAGAUUUAACCAGCUAAAGUGAGGAUGAUUACAAUCUUAGGUGGUAAAAGCUUUAAGUUAUUCUUCUAUAUGUCGAUAAAGAGAUAAUUCACUAUAAGAUAAUUCAUAAUUAACUCUAAAUUGGUAUAAUGCUUACUAUUCUCAUAAGAUAUAAAUAUUCACUAUUAUAUAUAUUCAUGAAGGCUUUUACCCACACUGUAAUAUAGAUGUUGGUUUUGGGCUCCAACCAAGAAUUGAAUAAACUCUGUUUAAGUGGAAGCAUUGUAUGUUCUUAGUGCUUUAACCUUGUAGGAUUGGUAAUUCCAACUUAAAUUAGUUAAAUCUAGGUUUAUCUUUCAUUUUAACUUGAUCCAUAACACAUAAUUUUUUUAUUUUCUACAUUUAUGCCAAUGUUAAAUUUGAGCAUGUAAGAGUGCUAUGAUAAUUCUAUUGUUUAAAUAUCAUUCAAUUUCUGAACAAAUGUGAAGCUUUCUAGCAAAAAGCUAACAAACUAUGUUCACAUUUAUUCCUAGAACCUUUUUUUAAAAUAUUUUUUGUUGAUAAAAUUGGUGUGUUCCAUUGCAUAAAAGUGUUUCCUAAUUCCUUAUAAAAUUCUAUAAUACAGGAGAGAUUCUCUUUGUUGCAAUUAUAUUUUGUAUAAUAAACUGAAGACAUAUGUAAAUUUGAUGCGUUUUUAAAAACAGGUAUUACAAUCUGAACUUUUCUUAUUUAUUAUUUUGUGUUUUGAUGUACAGGAGGUUACCAAUUAUUCAGAAGCCCAAUAUUAUUUCUGUUGUCAGGAUCACUAAAGAAUAGCAAUCAAACAUAUUCAAUGAGACUGAUUUUUUUUUCUUUGUUUAUUCGAGACACAAAAUGCAAAAAUAUGAAGUAAAAAAAAAACGUAAUUAAGGUAUUGCAGUGCCAUUUAAUUAUAAGUAUAAUUUCAAAUCAAACAAUUUGAAAGUUGUUUUUCUAGAAAAUAGUAGUUUUUAUGACAAAUUUGUGCUUGAAAAUUUUUUGGAAUAUUGAAAGAAAGCUUUGAGUGGAGUCCUUUUCUCCGUCUAAAACUAGUUCCAAAACUGUUCUAAUUUUUUCCUGGAUAAGAGGUUCUAUACUUUAUAUCACUUUCAGCAAGAAACCUUUUGAUAAAAAUUUGUAAAAGCCAUUAGCUUUUUGAAUUAUGUUAAAUAUAUUUUUAACAUUGUACUAUUAAUAAAACUUAAUAUAAGCUCUAAUUUUGAAUUUCUUUUCUGUAUCAGUGCCUAAUUUUCUAUUUUAAUCAAUAUAUUAAAAUAUUUGUAGUUUUAGUUUCUUAAGCAAGGUAAGAUUAUUUAAAUCAUUAAUUUUAAAUUUUGUCCUAUGAAAAUUUAAUACAUAAACUGAACUUAACAUUUUAUUUAUUAAUUUAACAUUAAAUUAUCUUCAAAAAUAUCUACUUUUCCAGUAUAUUUGCUUUUACUUCCAUUAAUUUUUUGUAUUUCAAAACUUUUAAUUCUUAAACGAUAUAUUCUUUUUUUUUUGCAGAGUAGUAGGAAUUAAAUUUUGAAAGUUGUUAAUACAUAAUUACAAUUAUAAUUUAUAUUUCAAUAUGUAUUUCUAAUCGCAAAAUUUCAAUAUAAAAACAAAUGCCAAUUAAAUAAAUAAAAGUAUAAUUACUUGUGAAUUAAUUCUAUGGACAGAAACUUCAUACAAGUUUUAAGAAUUGAUUAAUUGUAUUAUUUGAUCUAAUUUAUUUAUUUUUGUUAUCUUUUCCCCUCUCCAAACAACAUUUGAUCUCAUUAUUAACAUUAAAAAAAAAGUUCCUUUUUAAUAUUGUAAGCUUUGUUACGAUGUACAAAAACAGUUUUGUUUUAUUAAUUUAUAAAUAUAGUCUUGAUCAGACAUGCUUUUACAAUUGGUGCAAUUUUUUUAAACAUUUAUUUUCAGAUGCAAAAUUAUUAUUUUUUUCUUUUUGAAAAUAUUGAGAAGUUUGUGGAAAUUAGUAUAAAAAACUACUUGUAAACUUACAAAAUAUUGGCAGAUUUGAGUUUUUGAUAGUUAUAUGUCUUAGUUUAAGUCUGAAAAAUAUAAUUUUUGUAUUUACUAAUGGCAUAUUUAUAAUUUGAUACGUGUGUCAAAUAACUCAAUAAAUUUAAAAGUACUUUCAAAAUUCAUGAGGAAAAAAAAUCAGAUUUAAUUUGUAAACUAUGUUUAUCAAUUUAAAUAAUAUAAACUUUAUGUUAUAACUCUAAUAAUGUAAAUUUUUCAUACAUAUUCAUUAAGUUAUUUUUUACUCAACUGAUUAGUCAUAAAUUCACGCUAUAUGGAAAAGAAUAAUAUACUACAGUAGCACCUUGCUAAUUCAAACCAAAUAUGUUGGAUUAAUGUAAUGAUAUGGUAUCACUAGCAUUCAAAGAUAACAUGCAUAAAUCUGGUAUUAUGAAUCAUUCAUUAUAUAGAGUAAAAAAAAGCUUUAACCAAUAUGAUUUGUAAUUUGUUACUUCAAACUUUAGAUAUGUCAAAAAGUGUUAACUUGAUGACUUAAUAAGUUUAAAUGUCAUGUUAAAAAAAGUGAUAUUUUGAUCACAUGAUUUAAGUGAAAUGUGUCAAAAACCAAUCAGACUUUAUAUUUUGAUUUUGAAUUAGCAGGAUUCUAAUGUAUGUAUUGUAGUAAAAUUAUUUGUUGGACAGAUGACUAAAACCAACGAGUGUGAUAUCUUAUCCAAAUAUGUGGAGUGUUAUAGACUUUGAAUUUGGCAUAUCAUCAUGCAUUUGCAAAAUAUGGUUAUUCUAUAUUGUUUGAUGGUGUUUUGUAUUAUAUAUAUAUCAUGUUUUGUGAAUAAAAAAAAAUUUACAUAUUCA